CGCGACAUCACCGCGACUCCGAACCACGAAUACUUGGUUGUACUGACUUACUGCCACUCACUCCCUGGCCUCAUUGCGACUCGGUUGUACUGUAGAGAAAGCUUAAACUGCCCAUUGCCUCCCCUCUUCCUUUUCCCCUCGUCUUCUGUCCACGUCCGGUGGACGCCGCCAUCACGUCUCCCCCUUCGGUCACCCGGUUUGUUUUGCUUUCGUUCCCUCUCCGCUUUCAUCGCUCCGCAGCUGGUCCUGCUUCUUUGGCGUCGCGCAGCUGCUGCUCCUCCCCCUCCUUCGUCUCGCUUGCUGGGUCCCCGCCACCCCUCUUCUUCCUCUCCCGCCGCGCCUACUCCAGCAAAAAGAAGAAAGCAUCCAAAAUGCCUCCCAAGAAAGCCGUCGUUCAAGAAAAGGUCCUGCUGGGCCGUCCAGGAAACAACCUGAAGAGUGGUAUCGUUGGUCUCGCCAACGUUGGCAAGUCCACGCUCUUCCAGGCCAUCACUAAGUCGACGCUGGGUAACCCCGCCAACUUCCCCUAUGCCACCAUUGACCCGGAAGAGGCGCGUGUCAUUGUUCCCGAUGACCGCUUCGACUGGCUCUGCGAGCACUACAAGCCCAAGUCCCAGGUUCCCGCCAACUUGACCGUCUAUGAUAUUGCCGGUCUGACCCGCGGUGCCUCGACCGGUGCUGGUCUGGGUAACGCUUUCUUGUCGCACAUCCGUGCCGUCGACGCCAUCUUCCAGGUCGUUCGUUGCUUCGAUGAUGCCGAGAUUAUCCACGUCGAGGGUGAUGUCGACCCCGUCCGUGAUCUGACCAUCAUCAGCGAGGAGCUGCGUAUCAAGGAUAUCGAGUUCGUCGAGAAGGCGCUCGAGAGUCUGCAGAAGCAGACCAAGCGUGGUGGUCAGUCUCUGGAGAUGAAGAAGCUCCGCGAGGAGGAGGCCACCGUUGCCAAGGUGCUCGAGUGGCUGCAGGACGGCAAGGAUGUCCGCAAGGGUGACUGGGCUCCCAAGGAGGUUGAAACCAUCAACCCCCUGAUGUUGCUCACCGCCAAGCCGGUUGUCUACCUGGUCAACCUCAGUGAGAAGGACUACAUCCGCCAGAAGAACAAGUACCUGCCCAAGGUGUUCGAGUGGAUCAAGACCAACUCUACUGGUGACCCGCUCAUCCCCAUCUCCGUGUCUUUCGAGGAGCGCCUGACGCGCUUCGAGGAUGAGGCGGCUGCUCUGGAGGAGUGCAAGUCGCUGAGCACCAAGUCGGCCCUGCCCAAGGUGAUCACCACCAUGCGUCAGGUGUUGAACCUGGCCAGUUUCUUCACCACCGGUACGGACGAAGUGCGCCAGUGGACGAUCCGUAAGGGCGUGAAGGCCCCGGGUGCUGCUGGUGUGAUCCACACCGACUUCGAGAAGACCUUCAUCCAGGCCAUUGUGUACAACUACGCGACUCUGCGUGAGUAUGGCGAUGAAGGUGCCGUGAAGGCUGCCGGAAAGGUCAUGACGAAGGGUAAGGAUUAUGUGGUGGAGGAUGGUGAUGUGUUGUUGAUCAAGGCUGGUGCUGCCCGUGAAAGAGUGAGUCGAUACCUUCAUUGCUUCACUAUCCCCCCGAGCAACCGCUCAAAAGUCAAAUCCUCCGUGCAGCGCGCCCUCCGCCAACGCUUCCUAGAAACCUAUCCCGGUUUCGAACCCUACAUUGAAGAAGUCCUCCCCAAGAAGGCUCAACUGGAUGCCGUGAAGCUUCCCGAACGCGCAACCCUCUACACAAUCAGCAACACCAACACGCCCCUCUUCUACCAACCCCUCGACGGCCCCCCCAUCCCACACCUAAAACUCAUCCACGCCUUCCCUGACGCUCUCCCCACCGUGCAAAUCGACCGCGGCGCCAUCCGCUUCGUGCUCUCCGGCGCGGCGCUCAUGGCGCCGGGGUUGACGAGCCCGGGGGGAAGAUUACCGGAUGCGGAGCAGGCGGUGGAGGCGGGGCAGGUGGUUGCCGUCAAGGCGGAGGGGAAGGAGAUGGUUUGUUUGGUGGGGGUGUUGAAGGUGGGCACGGAGGAGAUUAAGAGUCUUGGGAAGGGCGUGGUUAUGGAUGAGGGGCAUUAUUUGGGGGAUGGGUUGUGGAGGUUUAAUCUUGAUUAGAUUUCUUGCUUAUUUUUUUUUUUGAUAAGG